GUCACAAUCUAUUAAGAAUGCUUUAUAAACAUACCAUCAUUCAAAUACGCAACUUUGUUUGCAGGGCGCAGCUACAGUAGAACCAGUUUGUUUUAUUGUUUUGCACCAUGCCCUCGAAAGUACCCGUUUCGUUUUAGUGAUGCUGUUUCGGUUUUUUAAAACACUCGCUUAGGUUUUUGUCAUCAACCCAUGUCAUGUUGGCGAAACACGUGCGACCGUUAACUGAGUUGAGAGGCUUGAUUGGCGAAGCGGUGAGAUAUUUGACAACAGUGACAAUAACUCACAGUGGUUCUGGUAUUUCAUCAGCUUCAAAUUCACAUCUCCAGCCACGGCCAAAUAUAUAUGUGAGGACUCGGCAAGGAUUAUCCACUGUGUCAAAGAUGAACGGGGACCUAGUUCACGAUAAAACUCGUGUGGAGCAGGACAGUUUCGGUGAGAUUAAGGUGCCAUCUGACAAGUAUUAUGGCGCAAACACAGCACGCUCCCUUAUUAACUUCGAUAUCGGCGGGGAAACUGAGAAAAUGCCGAUCCCAGUCAUUCAAGCGUUUGGCAUCUUCAAGCGAUGUGCAGCUACAGUCAACACAAAGUUUGGACUGGACCCCAAGUUGGCUGAGGCCAUCAAACAAGCUGCUGAAGAGGUAGCAAAGGGUAAGCUGAACUCCCACUUCCCCCUAGUUGUGUGGCAGACAGGGUCAGGGACUCAGACCAACAUGAACGUGAAUGAAGUGAUCAGCAACCGAGCCAUCGAGAUCCUUGGGGGCACCAUGGGAACCAAGACACCUGUGCAUCCUAACGACCACGUCAAUAUGAGCCAGAGUUCAAAUGACUCCUUCCCUACAGCCAUGCAUAUAGCAGUUGCAACAGAAAUCAACAACCGUUUGUUGGGCAAUCUCCGACAACUGCAUGAAGCACUCGAGGCCAAAUCCAAAGAGUUUGCAGACAUUAUCAAGAUUGGGAGGACGCACACACAGGAUGCUGUGCCCCUCACUCUGGGCCAGGAGUUCAGUGGCUACACCCAGCAGAUGGCGUACGGCAUAGAGAGGGUACAGGCCACAUUACCCCGGGUUCAGGAACUGGCUGCUGGAGGCACAGCAGUUGGAACUGGACUCAACACAAGGAAGGGCUUUGCUGAGAUGGUUGCAGCCGAGGUGUCUCAAUACACAGGGUUGUCUUUCAAGACCUCCAAAAACAAGUUUGAGGCUCUUGCGGCCCAUGAUGCCCUAGUAGAGGUCCAUGGAGCGUUGAAUGUUUUGGCAUGCAGUUUGAUGAAAAUAGCCAAUGACAUCCGCUUCCUGGGGUCGGGACCUCGAUGUGGGCUAGGGGAAAUCUCCCUGCCAGAGAAUGAGCCUGGGAGUAGCAUUAUGCCAGGAAAAGUCAACCCAACUCAGUGUGAAGCUCUGACGAUGGUCGCCGCCCAAGUGAUGGGCAACCAUGUUGCUGUGUCUGUCGGAGGAAGUAACGGACACUUUGAACUGAACGUCUUCAAGCCCAUGAUGGUGCAGAACGUACUUCAGUCCAUCCGCUUGCUUGCUGAUGCCAGCCUCUCGUUCACCAAGCAUUGUGUCACUGGCAUCAAACCAAAUAGGGAAAGGAUCAGCCAACUGUUGAACGACUCGCUGAUGUUGGUCACGGCCCUUAACCCAUACAUCGGCUAUGACAAUGCAGCAAAGAUCGCAAAACAUGCUCAUAAAAAAGGAACAACCUUGAAACAAGCAGCUCUUGACCUUGGUGUUUUGACAGAGGAGGAGUUUGAUAAAUAUCUGAAGCCUGAGACGAUGCUGGGCCCAAAGUGAAGUCUGUUACAACUAUAAUGCAUGCUAGUCAAGAGAUUUUGCUGUUGUUUUAUCAUUCCUGGCGGAAAGUGGUAUUUUUGUUCUUCUAUAUAGCGUAUACAUAUAUUAUACACAAGUGCUGGUCUUUAUGAAAUACAGAGACAAUGAAAUAAGGAAUUUAUCUGUUGAAUGAAUUUGAGGACCGGUCAUUUACUAUGGGAUUGGGGUGGGGAGUAUCUGAAGGAAUCAGGGAGAGUCAGCAAAGAGUUUGAAAGUCUCUUGCAGAGGGCUAUGGAGUUUUAAAUAAUAUUAAGAAAAUAUCAAGUGCUUUUGCAUUUUGUCUUUUCUGGGAGGGUUGUGAAAUUGUUUACAAGGACAUGGGGGGAGGGGGUCAUCUGAAAAUAUGGCAAGCUUUAGCUAUAGGGAAGGAUCAUUAUUUUCAGUUCAUCAGUGCAUCAAAAACAUACAACCCACCCCCCCUGUAAUAAAUGACCGGUUCAAUGUGUGUUUGGAUAUAGAAUCCUUAUAGUCUUUAAUAAUUUCAGGGAAAGCUACCAAACAGGGUGUCAGCAUUAUUUUUGUGAAAACAUUCCUUUGUGACUUAUUUUAGCAAAGGGAAAAUCAACUUUGUACAAUCAAGUCUUAAAGAAAAUGAUCAUGUUUGGGACAUUCUUUUACCUUGCAUGUAUCGUGCACAGUGACUCCCCGUUAAUCUGGACCGUACGCUUCUAAGUGAAAUCGUAUUGAUGACGUAAUUUCCAACUUAUCGAAUUGUCGGUUUGGAGUAUUAUCCCAAUGUAUGUAUGUAUGUAGGCGCUGACAGUAGUGGUGUUUAUUGGCCAAACAAUUUAUUGCAGGUAUCUAUAUUGGAAUACAUGUUGCGAUAUGUUGGGAGCUAAAGUGAUUGAAAGUGACUUCACAUGCAGAUCCUAUUUUAUUCAUACUAAGUAAAUAUUACUCAGGAUGGUCAGUCACCGCCAUUUUGUAGUCUUGGAUACAGGGGAGAUAACAAUGUGAUAGAGUAAAAUCACUUCCUGUUUCCGUUGUUUUGUUAAUCAAUCGAUGGAAAACAAAAUUUGUGAAUGAAUGUACAUUUUAGGUAAAUAGAUACAAAUAGUAAUGAAACUUGUUAUAAUUGUUUACUUAAUGUACCAAAACACACAACAAAUAUUGCAAUAUGUAUCGUUUGAAAUGUGUGUAUGGGUUAGUUCGACCAGAAAUUAUUGAGAAUGAGAACAUUGUAAAUUACGGAUUUUUACUCACUGCCAAAAGAAACGCUAACCAUGGAAACUUAUAGAGAAGUAUGUCAGAUAUGUUUCCAAUCUGUACCGUUUAUUGACAAAACAGUCAAGUGUUACCACAGCGUGUCUUUAUUCUCCUCACGGUAUGCUGCACAUGAUUUCCAAACUUUACAUGCUAAUCCUGGAUCUAGGACGUCACAUGUGAUACGUUCAUGAGCAUCUGUUCCCGCAACAUAACAGUAUGUUUGUUUGUGCAUUGAACCAAUCGAAUAUCUCUUGGAGAUGCGUGAUUCUUCAUAUGUUAACCAACAUGUGUGGUAUUCGCAUUUCUUUUGGCUGUGUAUAUUAGGUCAUAGACCAAGAGAUCUGCAUGUCCAACAAACACUGCUUACCUAAAACUACAAAACAGCAAACUGUUCAAUAUUUUGACAGGCCACCUCUUUUCCUAAUACAUGCUUCAAUGCAACGAGGCAUACCUCCUAUCAAGGAAGUUAGAAAAUCAUGAGUCACACUGUCCAAAUAUCUCACCACCUCAGUUUUCAUGUCACAUACAUUUUGGCGAUUUCUUUUUUAUUGAUAUAGUCCUUCAUGAUUCUCCAAAUAUUUUCAAUUUGGUUCAGGGCUGGACUGCAGCAGGGCCAUUCCAGACGUGUAACAUUUUGCUUGUUUACUAAUUCCUGAGAAUGUUUUGCUUGAAUACCCACCCAUCACCAUACGAUAAUUGUUGUUGGAAGGAGAUGUCCCUUUAGAAUAGGGGACACGGGUCGCCCAGUUGUCUGAGGCACCACAUUUAGCUGUGUAGAGUUACGUCCCUUGGGCAUGUCAGAAACCUAUGAUCGAUUAUGUUUCUAGGUUUGUCAGUACCAUACCCUUGCUCGUGGAU